UGCUGGAGCUGGCCGGGGCGAAGACGGUGAAGCGGGCGGUAGAGCUGGACGUAGCGUCUCGGUUCCAGGAGUCGCUGGUGUGUUACCAGGAGGGCAUCGACCUGCUGCUGCAGGUGGUGAAAGGUACCGGCCGGGGAGGCAUGGCGCCCGUUUACCACAGCCGUUGAGGCGGGUGGCUGUUAAACACCCCCGGUUCUGUGAGAGGGGUGGUUGGGCGGAGAAAUGAGGCCUGUCUGGUGCUGAGGGCCGGCCCUGAACCCUCGCCGCCUCAUGGAGAGGGAGAGAGCUUUUGUGCUUUUGAUUGACAGCCACGAAAGAUGAGGCCAAAAAACACCGAUACCGGCAGAAAAUAUCCGAGUACAUGACCAGAGCUGAGGAGAUUAAGAAACACAUUGAAAAAGAGAAACAAGAUGGCAAAUACCAUAAGCAGAUCAGGAUAGAGGAAAAUGCAACAGGUUUCAGCUAUGAAAAGGUUUUCCAAGAGUACCUUUCUGAGAUUGUUUCCGAAGUUUGGGUGGAGGACCCGUACAUUCGAAGUGUUCAUCAGUUGUAUAACUUCCUGCGGUUCUGCGAGAUGCUAGUUAAGGGGCCAUGCAAAGUGACAACGAUCCACCUCCUCACUUCCUAUGAUGAAGGUAGUGGGAAGAGUCAGCAGAUAACUGGCUUGGAUGAAAUACGACAAUCAUUGAAGAAUUAUGGAGUAACGCUGAAUAUUGCAUUUUCAUCUUCAAUCCAUGAUCGAGAAAUUAGAUUCAACAAUGGAUGGAUGAUUAAGAUUGGAAGGGGUCUUGAUUAUUUUAAGAGGCCACAGGGUCGUUUCAGCAUUGGAUACUGUGAUUUUGACUUGCGACCUUGUCAUGAAACAACAGUGGAUGCCUUUCACACUAAACAUACAAAGAAAAUGUGAUCAGAUACAACUUCUUUUAAGUGUUUUUAGAAGCAUAAAAAUGUAAGGUUGGAAGAUGCUGUUUGAUUCCACCUCUCCACCCUCAGAGUACUUAGUCAAGCACAGCUUUUAUAAUCUAUAGUUUUAAGAAUAUUUGAGAUUUUUCAGCCUGAGAAAACACAGCUGUACAAUUCCUUCACUGUGCUUCUCCGAUAAUCUUAAUUAAUAUAAGCCAUGUCUAAAUUUGAUCUUGGUAACAGACCCUCAAUAGUGCCUGUCAAAGGCAUCUUUACUGUCUUGAGCAAAUUUUGGUUUUAAUAUCUUUAACUGAACACCUCACAAACAUUUGAAGCUGGGCUGCCACAUGUCCUCUUAUAAGCAGCCUUAUUUAUUUCCUUUAAUUUCUGUAUUCUAGUCAUGACUAUAGUUCUGCUGUGUUUUGGUCAAUCCUGUAAUAUCUGAUUAGAGGCUUACCAGCAACCCCAAAUCUGACAUUCCGUUUUCCAAGCUCCUUGCAUACAAACACUGUAGUAUUCAGUAUAUGGACAUUUUGGGGCCGCCUUUUGUGCCUCUGCAUGAUUUUCGGCUGGAAAGUAUGCAAGCAGCUAUAUUCUUUUCCUUGUCACUCCUGUGUGUUCUUUUAUUCUGUGAUGCAUGGUCAUAUACCUUAUUUCCAUCUUUUAUGCACUAGGUGUGGAAAGGGUGUAUGAUCCUCUCCCAGUCUUUUUCCCUGACUUCCAAGUUUAAUGUCCUUCCAGCUGGUCAUGUCAGUCUCAGCUGCAGUAAGCUACUUCCCUGCUACUAAGAUAGUCCUUUAAAAAAGUAAUAAUUGAUUUUUUAAUUCUUGCAGAAGUUGGAUACCCUGAAGUUUUCUUGCUAAUAUUAGCUAAUAAUGAUAUUAAGGAUUGUGCUAAUAGGAAAAAAAAAGAAGUAUUUUCUUGUUUUUCUUUCAUCCUUUGAAAACCACAAGGUAUACUGAGCUGCUGCUGCUUUUUUUAUACAAGAGUUCUUGAUCAUUUUCAGCAAGUAUCUGGCAAAGACACACAUUCUGACAUGUAGAACAGGCAGUGCAGUUCCCACCAAAAUCUUUUGCACUUCAGGACUGACAGGUGCCUUAUACUUUCUGCAUCUUGUAAUACAGUAUGCCUCUGUAUUCUAGCAUGUUCAUUGCUAGAACUUCUCUCUCCUCUGUUUAUUUUUCCUAAUGACUACUGUAUUCUGUUAUCUUUUUAUUUUUUAAAUUUGCUUUAUUAUUUCACCUUCUGUCAUCUAAAGUUGCUAUUCUUUUACACUUGCCUCUGACACAAGUCUAUUCCACAGCUAUCAAGAAGAAUCAGAGCUGGUCUUUGCCUUGUUCUGUGGGUCACAGUUUGGCAGUGGACUGUCUUAUCCUUUUGCUUAAUAAUGUCUGCUUUUCAAAGUAACAUAUAAAAAAAGAGUAACAUACAUGCCACAGAAGCUGUAUGCUACCAGUCUACCUACCCCUCAAACAUUCCAUAGGAACUCUCUAGCUUGCUGCUGUGAUACUAGGUUUCUAGUCACUGUCGUCAAUUUUAUUCAGUUGUGUAUAAUAUAUGCCAAUAUUUAAUGGGAAUAAAGGUUAUUUUUUACUAUUUGUA